AUGAAGGUGUGCUCUCACUUGCUGUUUUUCUCCUGUUGGCAUUGUUCUAUAUUCACUUUGGAUGUGUUCACAAAGGUUCGCUCCCUUGUAUUAUUUGGCUGGCUGUGGCUUUAUCUGGCGCGAGGAAGGCUCUCUACAUCCCCCUGCAUCAUCUCUGUUUUGCAGCACCCCGAGUGGCACACCAAGUCGGAUUGUUUCCUCAGCUCCCUCGAUCACUCCCUCAGCCGCGUUCCACGAGGAAGCAGCACACCACGCUGCGGCAUCUCGCUCUGCCCCUCUGUGGAUAAAGGCAGUGGGAUAGUGAUCUUGAAUCAUACAGCUAAUGCCCACGAGAUCCUUAGACAGCUUCAAGAUCAAACCACAUCCCACUCUGAAAAUUGCACAAAAAUUGAGGACAUCCUCACACUUGGCCUAAGAGCAGGCCACAUUGACCUUAACCUGUUCCUUUUUCUACAGAAGAAGAAUCCCUGA